UUUGUGUUGGACUAUAAUACUGUCUGUAAGCUGAUACAAUGACUGCCAGAUGUAGAGUACAGUAAACCUUUUAAUGUAAACGUAUGGUAUAGCUUUUGUAUAGUUGGGGAGAUUUACUUCCGGUCAAAAUUAGUCCCAACAAAUAAAAACUUUCAUGUUAAAGGCCGAGCGCUAGCAGUGAUGAUAUCAGUUCAAGACAGGAGCUAGCGUACUGCAAGGGUGGCGGAAGGAUGAGCUUGAAUCCCGACUGGGGAAAUGAUGAGAGUCACACCUCUCUGAAGACAGUUCUAAAAUGGGAAAUACAACAUUUGCUGCAGAGAUUGGCAGAAGUGGGAGAGGAGGCUUUCUUAUUUACUGUCUGUUUGAAAGAUGGCGGAACAACAGAAAUGGGGUCACCAAGGGGACAGGGGUUCCUGUCCAUGUCGGAUCUACAAAAUGUGAAGUCACAGUUUCAGUCUUAUUGCCAGGGUUUCUCAGAGAUAUGUGAGCAAAUGGAAAUUUACAGAGAUUUAUCCUCAGGGCAACUUUCUCUCGGACCUAAGUCUUCCAUUGAUUCUAGUCACAGAAGAAAGCGCAGAAAGAAGACGUAUUUACAACAACCCAAAAUUCCCCGUCUUGAUGUUGACCAACAAGUGAACUUCAAGCAAGAACUGUCUUCAACAUCGGAUGAAAACUCGGAAGGAAAUAUAAUUAACUUUGACCCAGGAAUGGAACAGGAUAGAUUUGAGUCAACAGCUGAUACAGAUGCUAGUGUUAAGUUGUCAUUGCCAAUGCUGUCAAUGAGAUCCAGGCGAAAAAGAACUCCAAAGAAAGUUGUCACAAAAAAUAAUAUUGGCGGUGAUGAUAACGAUCAAAGUUUUCUUUCUGAAACUUUUUACCAUACCAAAGAUUUAUGUAUUGAUAACCAGUCUGAGAAUUUAGAAUCAACUGGUUCUCUGUAUGAAGAUUUUUAUGUGAAGAAAUCACAUUCUAUGGAACAGCUAUGUGAUUACCAGUCCGAAAAUCUUGAACUCACAAGCCAUUCUGAAGAUUUCAGUAUUAAUACUUUACCGUACAAUCAAGAUGUUUACAGCAAAGGAGUAGACUGUGAUAUUUCCCUUAAGCCCUUCCAAGAGCCACAGAAUGAAAACAAUGAACUCUCAGUUCUGUUGCGAAAGACAAAAGAAACUUUAUCAAAAACGCCCAAAUCGUCUCCACGAAAAUCCAUAAAUAUGAAUUCCACAGCAAGUUUUGAAACUGAUAUAAAGCCCACAUUUGACUCUGAUCAAUCCAUGCCAGUGUUUCCAAACUUUGCGAAUCUGAAGAAGGGAUCUCUCUAUGCAAAUUCAGUGGGCAUGGCAAACAGUGUGGGAGGAGCUGAGGAUAUAUGUUUACCAAUAACAUUGUUAGGAGAGGAUGGACAUAUGAGAAUGACGGGCAAGAGUGAAGUGGGUGGUAAUAAUCCAGUGUUAACAAAUGAGAAAAGUAUGUUGCUAGGCAACCUGUCCAAGUCAGCUGACAAUAGUCCCAAAAUAGAAACACAGGUUUCUGAUAGUAGUCCACUGCACACCCCAUCUAGGAAGAAAGGGUUCAAGCCAGUACCUCACGACGAGAAUCCAGCAGAAACAGCUCUUCUUGAUGCAUCGAAACUCGGCGUGGGGCGGUACAAAUGUCCAAUGUGUGGCCAAACCACUCGUGAUCGACACGACCUGAAGCGCCACCUACGCACUCAUACAAAAGAGAAGCCGUACAAAUGUUCGCUCUGCGGCAAAAAAUUUACGCGUAAAUGGGAUCUGGAAAACCAUUAUACGAGACAUAAUAAGACCGAAAGAGACGAAGCAAAUGCUAAAAUUGGAAAGCAGUUCAAUAAAGCAAUAGAAGCUACCAACAGUGAAGUAUUAACAUACGAAAAAUUAGUUUCGAAAUUACUCCAGGAAAAAAAUAUCACUGUAAGUGGCUCUGCUGAUACAGAUAUACAGCCAGCAGAAGAGGAAAGGGUAUUGUCAGAGGUUAAUGACCAACUCAUCAAUACAAGAAGCGUUUUGGAGAAUGUAAAUCAAGUUGGUGCUAAAUGUCGUAGAGAAGUGUCAGCGGACAAAGAAUUGUCGGGGAAAAGAAUCGCGAUUAAAUCCAAAGGAAAAUGCUCAAAUGAAGGUGCUAGUUUAUUAUAUGAAAAUGACGUAGAGAAGGCGGAAAUGAACAGUAAUGAAAUGAAAGGAGAGCAUUCCAUUGAAGAAAACACUGAUGAUAAACCUGCUCUUUGUGAAACUGAUCAUGAUAACAUGGCCGUUAAGUUUGUGAAUGACACGUCAAGAACAGUUAAUGCAGAAGAAGGGACUGAUGUAAAUGAUGAAGGAGGAAGUGGAAGUGGUAUAAGUAAUGAAAUAGGAUUUGGAAAUGGUGUGAAAAGUGAGCCAGAAAUUGGAAUAGAUAUAAAUUAUGAUACCAAAACUGACUUAAUUGAGUCUGGAUUAUAUCCAAAACUUGAAAAUGAGGAAAACGUGUCUUAGCAUUCAGAUAUUGCAAAACAACUGACUGCGUAGACAUCAUCAGCUCUACACAUUUUUUAUAAGUAGCUGAUAAGAAAGAAGACAGUAGCGCCUUAAAUUUUGAGUUAAAUCUGUAGCUGAUGUGUGGAAGUUGUUGUUUGUUGAGAAAUAAUUUGUACUUUAAACAGAAUGGAGAAUUAAUUGGAAGGUUAAAUGACUAACAUAACUUGAUAACAGCACAAUAUAAUUCCGUUGAAGAAUGGGAACAUAAUUGAGCCGCGCCAUGAGAAAACCAACAUAGUGCGUUUGCGACCAGUAUGGAUCCAGACCAGCCUGCACAUCUGCGCAGUCUGGUCAGGAUCCAUGCUGUUCGCUUUCAAAGCCUAUUGCAAUUAGAGAAACCAUUAGCGAAAUGCACUAUGUUGGUUUUCUCAUGAUGUGGCUCAUUUAUUGAUACGAAAAGCUGUGUAAACAAGUAAUGUAAGAAAAUUGUCAUUUACUUACCUGUAGAAGAGUGUAGGUUUAGAAUUAAGGAAAACACUGUUUAGGUUAUGUGAUUAUGGUUAUGAAAUAAAUAAAUGUAUUAACUUAAGUGCUGCUGAAAACUGCAUUCAGUCCAAUGAAAUGUACUUUAGUGCCAAAUUUCUGGUGUAAAAUGUUGAAGAAUAUUUUGGUCUAACAGUAACAAAUUACUGUGAAAGCAUUAAAUUCUGUGGGCUUACUUUCACGGUUGAAGAAUAUUUCGUCUAACAAUAAUGAGUCACUGUGAAAGCAUUAAUUUUCUUGGGCAUAUUUUCACAUUUGAAUCAAUCCACGAAAUUCAGAUCGUAAACAUUCCCACUUAUUAUAUGUUUAAACAGUCAAAAUCCACAAAGUUAUAUCCCCAGAAAAUAGCUAUUUUGGCCCAAACCAUCAAAUUUUGUACCCACAAAAUUAUUGUACGGUAUAGGGUUGUUUCUGAUUUUCCAUGCUAUAUUCCAUAUAUAUUCCAUGCUUGUGUUUGCAAUUCUUUUCUGAUGUUAUACUGUGAAAUCAUUUAAAUUCGCUGGCAUGAAAUUUCGCGCAAACGUGAAAAAGGACUGUUUUGCGCGGGCUUUAAUUCGCGCAUUUUCAAUUUAUAAAUGAAAAAAUAAAAUUAAAAAAUAAUACUAGCGCGGUCUUAAAUUCGCGCAUCGGUUCUAGCGCGAAAUACGCGAAAAUUCGUCCUACGCGAAUAAAAAUGAUUUCACAGUACAUGGGGGUCAAAGGCUUAUGGGUUUGUAGCAUUUACUAGCAUAGAGGACAAAGUAUGUGGGAGCAGUUUUAAAAUUGGAGUUGCACAUAUUUGUCAGUUAGUUGGGCUGUACAUGUAUAAUUUCUAACUCAAUAUAAGAAUUUUAAUAAAAGUGUUAUCAUUUGUUAAUCUCAUCAAUAUGACUUGCAGACUGCACAUCCUAAUUCACUAGGUCAAAGGUCGAGGUCACAACAUUCUACUUUCCCUGUAUCAAAGCGGCAUCUUAUGGUAUUAAUCACUUUUGGUGAUAGCUCCAGUUUUGGAAGUUGGUUAAUUAAACAGUUACGUCUCCCCACCCCUUCUUUUUCAGAAUUUCAUUUUAGAUUAGCGAAAUUAACAACUAAUGCCUUGAGAGCAUAGUGGUAGAGCAUCCGCUUUGAGUGCGGAAGGUUGUGGGUUCAAUCCCUGGCUGCGUCAUACCAAAGACGUGAAAAAUGGUACCAGUAGCUUCCUUGCUUGACGCUCAGCAUUAGAAGGAGAAACUGGCCUCUUCUCUCAUACCCUCGUGGCGAUGGAUUCCAUCAGGAAUGAGGUGUCGACAGUGAUUAAUAUAAGUUGUAGAACUUGUUUCACAAUCGACCUAAAAUAAAUUAGUAUAAACUAACAAGGACAGUGUAUUUGCAGAAUAAGUCCCAAACUGUAGCUAGCCAAAUAUUACAGUGUAUUGUACAUUUCGACGGUGUUGAUCAAAAAUCCCGAAUAACGAAAAUGCUUGUUUUUUUCUUUGCCGAAUAAUAUUCAGCAUUUUGCCGCGCCCAUGCUCUCCAAAUCUGGGGUCAAUUAGCCAAUGGGAAAGGGGUGAAACAUGAAAAAAUAAAAUACCAAAUAAUGAGAUAGAUGGAAAAUGCCGAAUGAAUUCGCUGAAUGGAAAAAAGCCGAAUAGUGAAUUUCAACAUUUUCUUAAGUUAAAAGGGUCUUUCCAAUAGUCAAGCAUGUAGCACAUCCAAAUAUCAAUCAGCAUUGCAAUUUUGGAUUUUCUAUGUUGUUUACUCUUUUCAGAAAUUGAUCUGAAAAAAAAUCAUUAUUCGGUAUUUUAUGUUUGCUUUGGAAAAUGCGUGAAACACUAAAAAUUAGUUUUUUGCCUCUCCUGAAAACCACAUUUUUAUUUUUCAGGAAUUUCGAUCGACACCGUCGAUUUGUAUUACUGGUUGUCACAAGUAAUAUUAUUGAUAGUUGUGAAAUUGCAAAUCCAUAGAAAAACGUUACAUGUAGCCUUUGCUGACAAUACUAGGGUUACAGUAGUAUAUGGUUAAUAAAGAUUUGCAGAUUUUUGAUAAAUCUAAUACAGUAUUUUGACUGUUACCAGUUACAGUUGACUUGAAUUGAUGUUUCGUAUAGGAAAAAUUACUAAUGACUUAAAAUAAAAAAUAAAAAAAGAACACAAGCAGUUUCAAAACACACGUACAUUUUCUGUUAUACAUUGAAGAUACAUGCAUGAUUUACACCAUUUUGCAGAAUGGUUUAGGUUAUGCUGUAAAAUCAUUUAAUUUCGUGGGCAUGAAAUUUCGUGGUUUUGGUCAGAACGGCAAUUUCGUGGGGAUAUGUAUUGGUGGAGUUCAACUUUUAAACAUAAAAUGAAUGGGAAUUUUACUUGUUCAUUGGGAUUACAUUUCGUUGAUUGACUCAACCACGAAAAUUAGUCCCCCACGAAUAUUAAUGAUUCCACAGUAAACUACAUGUAUAGUGUAUUUUUGCUGUUUUGAAGAUAAAAGAAAUACACAAUUGGUGAAGUGGUAUACAGUUAUAGUAUAGCUGCACAUGUGGUUGUUAAAUAUUGAAUUUGAUGAAUUUUGUGUAACUUGAUUGUUUCUGUUUUCGAAAUCCUGUAACUGUAUUUAAUUAAACAGCGAAGUUAUUGAAAUUGAUCAAA